AUGUAUAUUGUCCGAGGCUUGUCCAUUGAAGAUCUACUUCAGAAGAUUCGUCAGAAGUUGAAGUUGCAACAAAAUCAGGUAAUUUCUUCAGUCACGGGUCGAGUCCCAUGUGGUAAUCGAAAAUAUGCAGGUUUAGAAAUAACUGAUGAUGAGGACAUUGACAUUUUUCUUGGAACAUUUGUCCAAAACUCUACUACAUCUCAAUUUGUUGAGUUAUAUGUCGAUAUUGAGACAUCAGACGACAUGUCAAUACCGACACGUGGGUUGGACCUUAACAGUCAGACACAAAUGUCGUCGUCAUCGGAACCCCAGCCCACACAAUCAACUAUUGCAAGUGGAGAUGAAAGCGACUAUAUGGUAGAUGUUGAACCUGACAAUGAAGAGGAGGAGGAAGAUGAAGACACUCUACUGGAAAAUGACCAUGAUCAGAAUGAUAGUGAUGGAGGUGAUGAUGAACAUCAUGAUAAUCCCAUAUCACAGGAGACUGUUAUCCCUACGUCCAAUAAUCCGGUUAUUCCAUCAUCAUCAGAUAUGACACCAUUUUGGGAUGACAUCCCACACUAUGAGGCUGUUAAUUUUGAUUAUCCGAACGAAGACAUAUUGGAUGUUGAAGGCUUAGGUCGUGGUCCGUGGACAAGAGGAGACGAAAUGUAUGUGAAACAAGAGUUUCGGUCAAAGAGCGAUGUUCAAGCUGCUAUAAAACAUUACUGCAUGAAUGAGCAUCAAGAAGGUGUAGUGGUUGAAAGUACAACCAUAAAGUUGUCUAUGAAAUGCCAUAAGCAUGAAGAAGGCUGCAAUUGGCGAGUAAGGGCAAUUAAACCGAAGAAUAGCAACAGCUGGGUAGUCAGUAAAUGGGUUGGAAAACAUUCUUGUGUCAGCACAACCCUUUCUCAAGAUCACAAACAACUUGAUUCACAUUUUAUAUCUGAGGCCAUUCUAGACAUGGUGAAGGCUUCGCCGUCGGUGGCCGUUAUCUUGAUACAAGAACGGGUUACUGCUCUUUUUGGAUAUAAUGUUUCUUACAGGAAGGCGUGGAUGGGAAAGCAGAAAGCAAUUGCUAAGAUUUACGGAGAUUGGGACGAGUCAUACGCGUUCCUGCCAAGAUGGUUCGCACACAUGUUGAAUUUUUCUCCGGGGUCAGUUUACCAUAUUCAACAUGGACCGUGUGUCAUGAAUGGACAAGUUAUUACCGGGUCCAGGGUUUUUCAACGUGUUUUCUGGACUUUCGGUCAAUGUCGGGAGGCGUUUAAAUGGUGUAAACCAGUCAUACAGGUCGAUGGUACGCAUCUGUACGGUAAAUAUAAAGGGACAUUAUUGAUCGCCACAGCGCAAGAUGGAAACAAUGAGGUCUUGCCAAUUGCAUUUGUGGUCGUUGAAAGUGAAACAAAAGAUGCAUGGGAAUAUUUUUUGGCAUCCAUCCGAAUGCAUGUAACCAAUAAGACUGGUAUAAGCCUUAUUUCGGAUCGACACAAAAGCAUUUUAUCAGCAGUGGCCAAUCCAGACAUUGGAUGGCAACCUCCUAAUGCAUACCAUGUGUUUUGCCUUCGUCAUGUAGGGAGCAAUUUUAAUACACGAUUCAAGGAUCAAUACAUGAAGGGUUUUCUAAAGAAGCUAGGAUAUAUUGCAAAUAAAGACUACUUUGAUGCUGCGUAUGCCGAGUUCUGCAGCAUUAGUCCAGAGGUCGCUGCGUGGAUUGAGGCUGCUCCAAAGGAGAAAUGGACUCGAAGUUACGACGAGUGUGGACGAAGAUAUGGUCACAUGUCUAGUGUUCCACAAAUGUAUGUGGGGGGCCAUCUUCGCUUCCCAAUUUUCAGUGAUCUUACCACGUAA